GAUCCGAGUUGUUGAGCAGUGACUGAUCUUCUUCUCUCUUCCACACCUGCCUCUGCAAAAAAAAAAAAAACACUAAAAGUCUAAAUAUUCAUGCUUGCAAUUGUUGAGCUCUAAUUUCCCAGCAACAGUCGUCAAAGGGAAACAUUAUAUACAUCUCUGUACUAAUCCAUCCAUCCAUCGAUCAUGGUGACGGUGGUCUCCUCUUUUUCCUCCGUCCAAUCACCGCCGCAGAAUCAAGUAUUCUUAAACUUUCGAGGGAAACAGUUGCGAUACGGCUUCGUCAGCCAUCUGGAGAAGGCGUUGAGAAGAGAUGGGAUCAACGUCUUUAUCGACAAAAACGAAACCAAAGGCAAAGAUCUCAAAUCGAGGAUCGCGCUCGCCAUCUUCUCGAGCAUGUAUACGGAAUCAAAGUGGUGCUUGAACGAGCUGGAGAAGAUCAAGGAGUGCGUUGUUGUGGUCAUCCCCAUCUUCUACAAGGUGGACACAGACGAUGUGAAAAAUCUGAAUGGAGUGUUCGGUGACAAGUUUUGGGAAUUGGCUAAGACUUGCAAAGGUGAAAAGUUAGAAAAGUGGAGAGAAGCUUUACAGAAUAUUCCACAAAAACUAGGAUUCACGUUAGGCGAAACGAGCGAUGAAGGCGACUACAUCAAUCAAAUUGUAGGGGAAGUCAUAAAGGUGUUAUCUUCUGAUCCGGAAAGACAUAUCCCCAUUGAUAAUCAUCCUUGUUCUGGAGCAGAGAAAACGCCUGAAGCUGCACCUGACUUGCCCCCUCCUCUGUUUGGCAUCGAAAAUCGUCUCACUCAAUUGGAAAUGAAGUCAGAUUUUGAGUGCGAGAGUACUGUUACGAUUGGUGUUGUUGGUAUGCCUGGAAUUGGUAAGACCACAUUGACAAAGAUGCUGUAUGAAAAGUGGCGAGGCGAGUUCCUACGCUGUGUUUUUCUUCACCAUGUCCGUAAAUUGUGGAAAGACUGCAAGAUGAAUCGGGACAUUUUCAUGAGAGAGUUGUUGAAGGAUGAUGACGUGAAACAACAAGUCUCUGACCUGUCACCUGAAUCUUUGAAGGCUCUCCUGCUCAGUAAGAAGUCUCUUGUUGUUCUUGAUAACGUGAGUGACAAGAGUCAGAUAGAGACUCUUCUCGGCGAAUGCGACUGGAUUAAGAGAGGUAGCAGGAUCUUUAUCACGACUAGCGAUAAGUCAGUGAUCGAAGGGGUGGUUGAUGACACAUAUGAGGUCCUGAGACUAUCUGGCAGAGACAGCUUUCAGUACUUCAGCUAUUUUGCGUUUAGUGGUAAGCUCUGUCCUCCGGAGGAUAAUUUUUUGAAUCUCUCUAGAUUGUUUGUGGACUAUGCCAAAGGCAAUCCAUUAGCUCUCAAGAUAUUGGGUGUUGAGCUUAGUGAGAAAGACGAGACUCACUGGGAAGAGACACUUCGCGAGCUGGCACGAAGUCCCAAUAAGACUAUACAAAGUGUCUUGCAUAUAAGCUACAAUGGACUCGGUCAGCUUCAUAAAGAUGUGUUUCUUGACGUAGCUUGUUUCUUUAGAUCAGGGGAUGAGAAUUACGUGAGGUGUCUGGUGGAGUCAUGUGACACUGAUCUUCUUGAUGCUGCGAGUGAGAUAAAGGAUCUUGCCAGUAAAUUUUUGAUAAACAUUUCUGGCGGACGAGUGGAGAUGCAUGAUUUACUGUAUACAUUUGGCAAGGAACUUGGUUCGAAAGGGUCACGGAGGCUGUGGAACCAUAAAGGCGUUGUUGGUGCGCUGAAGAAAAGAACUGAAGCAGGGAGGGGCAUUUUUCUUGACAUGUCUGAACUGAAGGAGAAGCUUCCUUUGGACAGAUGUACUUUCACUGAGAUGCGUAAUCUUAGGUACCUCAAAUUCUAUAGUUCUCGUUGUCAUAGAGAAUGCGAAGCUGACUGAAAACUAAACUUCCCUGAGGGACUUGAUUUUCCGUUGGAUGAAGUAAGAUAUCUCUUUUGGCUGAAAUUCCCUUUGAAGAAACUUCCGAAAGACUUCAACCCCAGGAAUCUUACCGACCUUAACCUGUCUUUCAGCGAGAUUGAAGAGGUUUGGGAAGGUGUUAAGGAUACACCGAAGUUAAAGUGGGUUGAUCUUAGCCACUCAAGCAAGUUAUGCAAUCUGACAGGGUUGCUAAAUGCUGAAAGCCUCCAGAGAUUGAAUCUCGAAGGGUGCAUGAGUUUGGAGGAGUUGCCUCGUGAGAUGAAACGUAUGAAAAGUCUUGUUUUCCUCAACAUGAGAGGAUGCACGAGUCUCCGGGUUCUUCCGCAUAUGAAUCUGAUCUCUAUGAAAACUCUCAUCCUCACCAACUGCUCAAGCCUUCAGACAUUCCAGAUGGUUUCGACUAAUCUAGAAAAUUUACACUUAGAUGGAACUGCCAUUGGUCAACUUCCUACAAACAUGUGGAAGCUCCAGAGACUGAUUGUAUUGAACUUGAAAGACUGCAAAAUGUUGGUGGCCGUUCCAGAAUGCCUGGGAAAGCUGAAAGCUCUGCAAGAACUGGUGCUUUCUGGUUGUUCAGAGCUCAAGACUUUUCCAAUUCGCAUUGAAAACAUGAAAUCCUUGCAGAUUUUAUUGCUUGAUGGGACAUCAAUUACAGACAUGCCCAAGAUAUUGCAGUUGAAUAGCUCAAAAGUGGAAGACUUGCCUGAACUAAGACGUGGUAUGGACGGCAUAUCCUCAUUGCAGCGUCUAUGCUUAAGCAUGAAUGAUAUGAUCACCAACUUGCGAAUCGACAUCAGUGUACUAUGUCAUCUGAAACUGCUUGACCUGAAAUUCUGCAAGAAUCUCACUUCAAUUCCACUGCUUCCACCAAAUCUAGAAAUCUUAGAUGCACAUGGCUGUGGCAAACUGAAGACACUGGCAAUGCCGAUGGCCAUUCAUAAGCAUAUGGAGAAGGUUCACUCUAAGUUCAUUUUCACCAACUGCAAGAGUCUUGAACAAGCUGCAAAGAAUAGCAUCACAACGUAUGCUCAAAAGAAAAGCCAGCUAGAUGCGCUUAGAUGUUAUAAAGAGGGACAUGCUUCAGAAGCUUUAUUCAUUACUUCCUUUCCAGGGAGUGAAGUACCUUCAUGGUUUGACCAUCGCAUGAUUGGAUCAACAUUAAAGCUGAAGUUUCCACCACAUUGGUGUGACAACAGACUUUCAACAAUAGUUCUAUGCGCUGUUGUUGCAUUCCAAAAUGAGAUCAACAGUUUCUCAAUAGAAUGCACUUGUGAGUUCAAAAACGAACUUGGAACAUGUACACGUUUCAGCAGCAUUCUUGGUGGAGGUUGGAUUGAACCACGCAAGAUUGAUUCAGACCAUGUGUUUAUCGGUUACACCAGUUGCUCCCACUUAACAAAACAUGUAGAAGGUUCGCAAGGACAUCAGAAAUGUGUUCCUACCGAGGCGUCAAUAAAAUUCAAAGUGAUAGAUGGAUCUGGUGAGAUUAUGAAUUGUGGUUUAAGUUUGGUGUACGAGGAAUCAAACCAUGUCGUUAUUGAAGGAGACAGUAAUGGAACUUCUUCAGGAAGAGCUUUAUCAGUUGUAGAGAGUACAAUGAGCUCUGCUACUCGGCUUCUGUCCGUUGUUUUGAGGUAUUUGUGGCUAGGUGUUGUGUUCUUUUCGGUUUUUGGGUUUGCUAGAUUUUAUUUUCACAAGAUAAGUUGUAUUUUUGGGGUCACCACUCAAUGACUAGUUUCUGUUUUGUAUAUGUAACAUAAAAAUUAUAUUUUUGAAAUUACUAAAUUUUAAUUUACAACCUAUUUUAAUU